AGAACAUAUCGAGUCCAGUUUCUGCCAGCCUCAGUCUGCCAACCCAUCAGCAGCACACUCUGCGCUAUCAGCAAUGCCAACAGGGUCCGAGCCAGCGGCCCGCCCCGACCCCCGCUCCGCUAUCACCCGCCACAUCUCCGCCAGCUCUUGCGCACGCAGCUGCUGAAGCGUGGGCGCCGGUCCACUGUCCUGCCCGCAGUCCUGGGAACUCAAGUGCAGCUUACGUCGUCCAGCGAGCCAGGAAAGCUAACAGAGCGGCUUGUCCUGCACUGCACCAAAGCCCCCCACUCAGGCAUGGCUCCCAUUCGGGACUCGGUCAGCCACUCCCCUAACCAAACAGGUUUGGAUCACGCUGGUCUGGACCCUCAGUAUGAGAAUUCGCCCUGGAGCUCUGGCUCACCGUGCAGUGACUCAAACAGCAACUGGGGCAAAGUCAUUGUAGACGGCUGUGAUAAGGGACCCUGGCCCUCCAUCAGUGGCAGCGACUCAGAGUUAACCUCAGAAUGUAUGGAUGCUGACUCUGCCUCCAGCUCUGGGUCUGAGAAAAACCUCAGUAUGAUGGCAUCUGGGAUUGCUGGCGGUGACAGCAAUGGCAAUAGGCAAGGUUCUCAUUUUAUGGUUGCAAAUGGCAGCAAUAACGGGAGCGUUAAGGGGCUGUGGGGUGUAUCCAAUGGCUCCAUGCUAAGCACAUGUCAAGGCUCUGGGGAGAGCCCCAGCGGCAAGCUGGUGGAAGGUAGUCAUGGAAAGAUGAAUACAUGGGGUACCCAAGGUCCCCCAACCAAUGGAGGUAUAAAUCCAAGCACUUUGAACCCAAAUGCCAACCAUGGUGCCUGGCCCGUUCUGCAGAACACAGGGCCCAGCCCCCACGGGCCUGUGGGCAACGGGAAUGGGGGCACCAACUCUCAACGAAGCACCAUAGGUCAGAACCCCGGUAUGCAGAGUAUUAGCUCUAAGAUGUCCUGGGGAAGCCUGCAGGAUAGCGUUGUGGACUCUGAAGUCAAUGGUACAAACAAGGUUCUAAGUGGGCAGCCUCAAAACCUUAACACUGAAUUUAAUGGACCAAAUAACACUACUAACACGAUGACCUCUAGUUUACCAAACUCUACAGGUUCAGUGCAGAUGAAUGAACAGCCCCCAGGGCACCGAGCCUGGCCUGUGAGCACAGGGGGCUCCCCUCAGCUCCAAACUUCUCCAGUCUCUAAUGGCACUUCCAUUUCUCAGCAUGGCAACGGCGAGGGAAUGAACAGCAGCAGCGGGUCUUAUGGUACAGCGUGGGGCGCUACCCCCGGCACUAAUUACUCUGGAGACAAACGUCCUGUCCCUAAAGGCCAAGCUGUGGGCGACACUGUGAAUGCAACUCUAAUGCAGUCCGGAGCCAAUGGCUCCUCUGUGAGCGCUACUUCUUCUUCUUCAUCUUCUUCUUCAUCUUCUACUACUUCUUCUUCUUCUUUCAAGAAUAAUAAUAAUGGGAUGGGCGACCGUGGAGGUGGCUGGGACUCAGGGUCCACCUCCUCUCAGAGCCUGACUUGGGGAGCAGGGAACAGCUUGGCUCCGGCAGGGGCCCCCAGGCCCUGGGGUAGUGCCUCCUCGUCCUCUUCGUCCUCCUCAUCCUCUUCGAACACUGGCACUAAGGUCUCGAAUGGGGAAUGGAACGCAUUGCCCAGCAACAAUCAGCAUUCCAAUGAUGGCACGAAUGGGAUCAGGAAGGGAACAAACGGAUGGAAGUCCUUGGAGGAUGAUGCUCUCGGCUUGGGGAGCGCUGGCCAGUCAUCCCAAGGCAGCACAUGGAACAAAUCUACAGGUAGCGAAGGAAGUGGGGAAAGCUCGGCAGGUCGUAGUGAGAGAGAUGGGCAGCGAAGCGCCAACCGCAAGAGGGGCAACCAGCAGAAUAUGAUACAAGUGGCUCUCUCCAGAGCUGAUAUGGACCCAAGGGUGCUGUCCAACACAGGAUGGGGCCAGACCCCAGUCCGCCAGAACACUGCCUGGGACAUCUCCAGCUCCGACAAGAAGACCGGAAGUGGGUCGCAGGGCUGGGGUAACCCUCCUACCCAGCCGUCAAACUCAGGUGGGUGGGGGGAUGGACCUAGCACUAACAGUAGCGACUCUGGCUGGGGCGAGCAGAAGCCAACAUCGGGAUGGGGAGAAAGCAGCAAAACCUUGACGGGCCAGAAUGGCUGGGAGGAUUCUUCCAUUGGAAUGAGCAAGAGCAGCUCUUCUUGGGGAAACGGCAAGGAUGACAAGUCCUCUUCCUGGAAUAAUGGACCGAAGGCAAAGCAAGGAUGGGGUGGUCCCUCUUCUGGAGAAGGUUGGGGCGGAGAAAGCUCAAGAGGAAACCACUGGGGAGAACCCCAGAAAUCGAGCUCGGGAGGUUGGGACAGGGACAGUGACAGUGACCGUUCCGGUUCAGGCUGGAGUGAGACAGGCCGCUGCAACCAAAGCAACACCUGGGGAGGCAGCGGAGGAGCCAGUACCCCUGAUCAAGUUGGCCCUACCGGUGGGUGGGGAGAUCCUGUGAAGACAAACAAUCAGAACCAUGGCUGGGGUGAGACGAUAAAACCGAGUCACUCUAAUCUAUCCUGGGGUGACUCUGCAAAGCCCAACAACCCUUCGGAGUGGGGCAAGUCCCAGGAUACCAGCAUGGGAACCUUUAGGGCAGGGAACGCCUCUCAAACCGGAUCCCAGAACAAGCCUUCGGGUUGGCUUGGAGGUCCGAUGCCAACUGCUCCGAAAGAAGAAAAACCUACCGGUUGGGAAGAGCCAUCGCCCGAAUCUAUCCGGCGCAGGAUGGAGAUUGACGAUGGGACUUCUGCAUGGGGAGACCCCAGCAAAUACAACUAUAGCAACGUGAACAUGUGGAACAAGAAUAGCUCGACAGAGCAGGAUGGAAUGGCUGGGUCUCAGCAGCAACCUCCCCCACAAGCCUCAAGCUCCAUGGGGCAGAAGGAGAAAAGCAGCAGCUCAGGGUGGGGAGAGCCAUAUGGUGGUCCUCAGAAGAUGGAGUCCUCUACGUGGAGUGAGCCCGCCGGCCCACCUGUCACUGUGGACAAUGGCACGGCCGCCUGGGGGAAGCCCAUGGAAACAGGCUCCAGCUGGGAGGAUUCGGGCAGGGAGGGUGGAGGCAGCGGCUGGGGUGGGGCGACCAUGGCUCCUCCAACUCAGCACAAACCCGGACCCAAACCUAUGCAAGACAGCUGGGGUGGAGAGGAGAUGUCUAUGCCUGGAGUGUCCAGCUGGGAGGAGGAGGAAGAAGUGGAGAUUGGCAUGUGGAACAAUAACGCGUCACAGGAAAUGAACCAGACUGGAAACUGGUCCUACAUGAAGAAGAUGCCUCCUAAGUUGAAUAAAGGACCCAGUAAGCCAGACGAUCCGUGGAUGAACCAGUUUGUGAAGCAGUUCAACAGCAUGAAUUUUCCUAGGGACUCUGAUGAUUCCAUGAAGAGCAAUAAGAUGGACAUACCUGGAGGAGUUAUGCCAGAUAAGCGCAUGGAUGUUGACAAACAUGUCCUCAACGUGGGAGAUUAUCAAAAAGGCUCAGCUUCACGCCAUCAGAUCCAUAAAGACUCGUCCAUGGACCGCAGUCCCUACAUGGAGAAGCUCGCGCUCCCCGUUUCUGCCUACGAUAGCUCUGUAACAGAGGAAGCCCAGAACACAGCACACAGCAGCAUGAGCUUUUCCCCUUCACACUCUGCCCAACCUAACCAGUGCCUUGGGUCCAACCCAGGGCCCAGCCCCGCAGCGGUUAGGCAGAAUAUGAACAUGUACGGUGGUGGUAACGCAGCAGCACAGGGCCGGAACCCCCAGCAGCCUCCAGCACAACCUCUAAACUCUGCUCAGCCCAAUCUCCGAAACCAAGUGCCUCCUCCACUGCUCUCCUCUCAGGUUCCACCAUCCCUGUUGAAGUAUCCUCCCGGUAACGGCGGUCUGAAUCCCCUGUUUGGACCCCAGCAGGUGGCCAUGCUCAAUCAGCUUUCCCAGCUCAACCAGCUCUCGCAGCUCUCUCAGCUUAACCAGCUACAGCGUCUUCUUAUUCAGCAGAAAGCUCAGAAUCAGAGAGUGAUUCCUGGAAACGGACGCCAGGUCCAAGAGCAGCAGGCUCGUGGCCUCGGCCCCUCCCCGAUGAUCCAGCCUGCUCGCCAUCUGGACCCCUCCCUGCUGAAGCAGCAGACCUCCCCCCAACCCCCCACUCUGCACCAGCCUGGCCUCAAGUCCUAUAUGGACACCUUCUUGCCCCCUAGCACCUCCGACCUGCAGAAAGAACAAAACGCCCUCAGCUCCUUCUCUAACUUCCCUUUAGGCUUGAACUCAAACUUGAAUGUAAACAACCUCGAUAUCAGUAGUGUUGGAUUUAAAGAACCGCAGUCCCGUCUGAAGAAGUGGACUGCUAUGGAUAUUUCCGUUAACUCGCCACUCGAUCAAAACCCCAGCAAACCUGGUGCUAUGUCCUCUGCUCUGAGGCUCGAAGACUCUCCCUUUGGUCCAUAUGACUUUAUGAAUGCCAGCAGCUCCCCCAUCAGCCCGCCCGGAUCGGUGGGGGAUGGCUGGCCCAACCGUGCCAAAUCACCUCAUGGAUCCACCAACGUCAACUGGCCACCAGAGUUUCGUCCUGGUGAGCCGUGGAAAGGUUAUCCAAACAUUGACCCUGAAACGGACCCAUUCGUCACUCCUGGCAGUGUGAUUAAUAAUCUCUCCAUCAAUACAGUCCGGGAUGUUGAUCACCUCAGGGACAGGAACAAUGGGCCAUCCUCAUCACUGAACACCACGCUGCCUUCAAAUAGUGCCUGGACAUCCAUUCGUGCCUCCAACCACAGUAGUUCCCUCAGCAGUACAGCACAAAGCACUUCAGCCCGAAACAGUGACUCCAAAUGGUCUCCUGGUUCCGUCACCAACACCUCUUUAGCUCAUGAGCUGUGGAAGGUUCCCCUCCCGUCGAAAGGCAUGUCUGCUCCGUCCCGCCCCCCACCCGGCCUAACGGGGCAGAAACAGCCCUCCUCCUGGGACAGCGGCUCUCUAAGACUGGCUGGCUGGGGCAGCUCCGAAUCCAGAUACACCCCAGGCUCCAACUGGGGUGACAGCAGCUCAGGGAGAACCAACUGGCUCGUUCUCAAAAAUCUCACGCCUCAGAUCGAUGGCUCCACCCUGCGAACUCUGUGCAUGCAGCACGGUCCACUGAUAACAUUCCACCUCAACCUGCCCCAUGGAAAUGCCGUUGUCUGCUACAGCUCCAAGGAGGAGGCGGCCAAGGCCCAAAAGUCACUGCACAUGUGUGUUUUAGGGAACACUACUAUUCUCGCUGAUUUUGCUAGUGAAGAGGAAAUCAACCGUUUCUUUGCACAAGGUCAGUCCUUGACCACCUCGCCGAGCUGGCAGACGCUGGCCUCUUCUCAGAACCGGAUCGGAUCCAUGGAGAGUUCGCAUGCCUUCCCCAACCGCACUGAUCCAAACCACUGGAACGGGGGGGACCUGCACGGCUCCUCGCUCUGGGGGGGGCCCAGCUACUCCAGCAGCCUGUGGGGCAGCCCCAGCGGCGGAGAAGGGGGCCGCAUUGGCAGCCCCGGCCCCGUCGGCUCCUUCCUCCCCGUCGAUCACCUCGCAGGCAGCGGCGGAGACUCCAUGUAGUUCAUUUACUCACGUACCUUCAGACUAAAAACACGGAAAAAAAAAAACAAAAAGGAAAAAAAAAUAGAAAUAAACCUGUGACCUCAGCGUGGCUAGUUAAUCAUAAUCAUAUGACUAUAUAUAUAUUAUAUAAAAAAAAUCUAAUGGCACUAGUUGGACACUUCACUUAAAAAAAAAAAAAAAAAAAAAAAAAAAAAAAACCUAAAGAGGCGGGGUCACCCUGUGGAAAUAAGUUACUUUUUUCUGCACACAUGUCCACUUUGUUUUAGCCCAAAACAUAUCAGUUUGAAUACUUGAAUCAUGCAGGCCAAUAACUAUAAUGUGAAAGGAUGUAUUUAAACUUCCAGGUAGUGCUCUUCAUAUGAGAAAAAAAUCUUCAGCUCAUGUUUAUUCAUCAUGUUUAUUUGAAUUCCAGUUUUGUUUUCUGUUUUAUUUUGCGCAGUUGUUUGCUGACAAUGUUGGAGUAUGAGCUUUUUUUGUUUUGUUUUAACUUUGCACUGAAUGUGGUUUUUCUCAGUAUAAUCUGCAAUAUCGAGGGAGCCGACAGUUCCAGUGUAGAUGUUUACUCAAGGACGUUCUUAAAGAAAAAGAAAAAACAAACAAAAAAAAAACCUAAAGUGUGCGCUCUACUAUGCCUUGAUGUACGCCUACCUUCUUUGUGGUAUUGUGGAGUUGGAGAUCAAGACUAUAGAUGCUGACCUAGGAUUAUCUGAUUACAGAAAUGAGUAUUGCACCGAUUUUUAUGUUUUAAAACUAAAUAAUUUAGCAUUCUGCAGUCUAAAAAAUAAAAACUGUAGCCACAGCUGUGACUUGCAAACCCAACCUGCAAAACCAGGGGGAACAGCACUUUCACUUUCAGAUAGGCUUUUUGUUUUUUUGUUUUCUUUUUUUUUUUUCGUUUGUUUUUGUUUCGUUUUUGGAGGCACGCCCUCUUGUUUACAGACUCUUUUGAGGGGGAAAGUAUGGUCAUUCUUCCUUCAUUUUAAAUGAAAAGAAAGAGAAAACAUACAAAAAAAUAAUAAAAAGGUAAAAAUGCUUUAAAAAAAUAUAUAGGAAAAAUAAAAAAUAACCCUCUUGAGGAUGAAGACGAAGCGGUCUAUCUCUGGGAAUACUGAUCAGUGUUUGGCCAUGUCAUUGGUUAUUUUUUUUUUAAUCUGUUCCUCGUCUGCUAAAAAAUAAAAAAAAUAAAAAAAAUAACCAGCAUGGUUCUCAGGAAAUAUAGCCAGUCCCGCUGCCCCCCUCCCCCAAACUCCCAUAGAAAGUCCUUAUUGUAGGAAAAAUCCAACUUUUAGCACUGAAAACUACUUAUAGCUCUGUAAGUUUUUCUGCCAAAUAACUGCUUUAAGCUGGAGACAUUCUACACUGCUUUCAGUGCUGUUUUAUUACUGAGUGGAUUUGGUUUGCUGAAUCACUAUUAUUAUUACUAAUCAUUAUUAUUAUUAUUAUUAUUAUUAUUGUCCUCCUCCUCCUCUAUUUCCAUCGAGUGUUUGUUUUCCGCUCGUCGGUGUAACUGUUAAAAAAGAAAAAGCCGAAAUCUGUAACUAUGCAUACUGUAGCCUGUCGUCCGGCUCACAGAACCGCUUUUUCUUUGUCUGAAAGUGAUGUUUUUUUGUCUUUUUUUUUCUUUUUUCUUUUUUUUUUUUUUUUUUGAAAAAGUAAUCAAAUAUAUCUUACUUUGAAUCUUUUACAUUGCCAGAGAUGGUGUUAUAAAUGAAAUCUUUUUUUUUUUUUUUUUUUUAAACAGUGCAAAAGUCGUCCACAUUUCAUUCAUUGCCUUGAUUCUUGAUUCAAAAGAAGAUGCAACAAGUCAAGUGGCUUUUAACUGUUUACAAAUAGAAUAUGAUUGUAACGUGUACAGUUGUUUUUUUUUUUUGUUUGUUUUUUGUUUUUGUUUUUUUAUUAUUCUGAAGUUCAUUACGAUAUUAAAUCUGUUUUUGGCUGCUUAUGUAUUUUCCCCCUGUUUAUUUUACUUUUAUUUUAUUUUCCCCUCUCCUUUCUCACAGCUGGUUUGUUGUAAAUGGCUAGCCUCUUAAUCAGAGGUGAAUGUAAUCGAUUGCUGGUAGAUUAAACCAUUUACACUGUUUAGUUGAGAUGAUUGAGAGAGAAAGAGAGAGAGAUGUCAGCAUUAGGCCAAGCCAUGGACCUUAAUUUGUUUAAGCUGUUUUGAGAAGUAGUUGAAGAUUUAAUUUAAUCCGUAUUUAAGCGCUCUGAAAGCCCUGCAAGUAUUAGCCUGUGCUUGGUGGUUUGCGUGCCAGUAUUUGAACCAUUUAAGUAACUGCUUUACCAAAAAAAUCUUUCAAUCAGAAGAUUCUAUGCUUAAUUCCACAUCUUUUCUCCUCAUUCUCUGUGGCGAGUAUCUAAUAUUAAGUGGAACAUUUUGGAACAGGUUUACGUAAGAACCUAAAAAUGAAAGCCUUGGAUUUGCACUUGGAGUUCAUUAACUGAUGUAAACUGAUGUUUGUGUGUGUUUUUGGGCCGAGAUGAAUUUGACUUUUUUUUUUCUUUUUCUUUUUCUUUUGGUCUUGAUCGUUCCUGUUGGCUUUGGGAGCGUCUGCGGCGCAGCCCGUCCUCGUCUUCAUUAAGCUUAACUGCAGGAAUACAUUACUUAUGACUAGAGUGCUGUGAUUUAUUAUUAUUAUUAUUAUUAUUAUUAUUCACUUUCUCCCUCUGUGUUUUUCAAUGGGAGUUUGUUCUCCUUUGAUGUGGUUUAGUCCAAACAAAGUGUGUUUUGAGUGUUUUGUGCCCAGGUUAGUUUGUGUGUGUGCACGGUGUAAUUUGCCACUUAAGGCUAGAAAAAUACUGAACGCAAGUGCGCGAACGCAAACUAGGACUGUCGCAAUUGAAGAAUAUUAACUGACCAUCAGGUGCCACUCAGAUUUGCAGUUUUGUACUUGAAGUUAAUUUAUUAAAGUACAAGCCUGAAGUGGCCAAAGUAGCUGAUUAGCAAUCUCUCUACCCCAGCUGUCCAUACUUAGUAGCUCCCAACUGACAACAGAAACGGUUCAAAUAAACUAACGUUGCGCAGCAGCGUCUUCUAAAGGCAUCAUUAAACCUUGAAUAAACUAACAUCAAAUGUACAUUAAAUAAACGUCGCUCUGCACCAUCCUCUAAAGGUGUCAUUAAACAUCAAAUAAACUGACGCCGUUCAGCGGCGUCAUUAACAAAUAAACACAUCAAAUAAACGUCCCUCUUAUGAUUGAAGGGAGUUAUUAACACACGUCAAAUAAGCGUCAAAAACACUCACAGCCACCCUCUAAAGGCAUCAACAAGUAUCAUUUCACUUGCUGCAAGUUAGAACUCAAUUUGUAUGAUCUCUGUGUCCGAUGUUUUUUGUUCUUUUACUCAGAUAUAUUUUUUCUGUCAACUCAGCAUAAAAAAACGCACACAGUUCAUGUUCUGUUUGUGACAUAAACAAAUGACUUGUGUAAAACUUACCACUGUCUAUAAUCAGCUUAAUUGUUGAUUGUGUAAUGAUUUUGACUGGUCUAACACGGAUUGUUUCGCGGUUUUUGAAGCUGCAUUCUCAGCGUUGCCGUUAGGGGGUGCUGUAGCGACAGCCAACAUUCACCAGACUGUCCUGUACCUCCAGCAGUCAGACGAGUCCUCGCAUAUAAACAAUUAUUUAUAAAUAAUCAACUGCUCAUUCCAGUAGAACAAAUAAAUCAGCACACAGUACAGAGCUCUACCGCCGCAAUGCUUCGUCACUGUGGCUGAAAUCAGAUUUUAUUCAGAUGUUAAUUUGUCCUCUGUCGCCCCCUUCAGGUUGUGUUUCAUUUGUUACAUCAGGACGGCGUGUUAUUUGCGUUCGCGUGCUUGCAUACGAUUCUGGCCUCACUCAGCUUUAACCAAGAUCGUUCCUUCAGGCUAGCUUGUAUCCCUUUUCAAUGCUUUGAGCAGUAGGAAAGUGAAGGAGAAGCCAUUGCCAGUUAAUUUCCGCCGUUUAUUUCAUCUUUUAUUUUGAUUUUUGUGUUUUUUUUUUUUUUUUCUUCACCUCUGUCCUCUUAAAGUUUGUCUUUCAGCUAUCAGAAAAGUGUCUUUGCUAAGUCAUCGUCAUGCCAAAUUUGGAGGGGUGGGGUCGGAAAGGGAUUUUUUGGGGGGGACUGUAAAAGCUGGACAAUGUUUAUGCUUAAUAUGCUUCACUUUCGAUUAUUUUACUUUAAUUUUUUUUUUGGAAAGUUCACGAGCAAUGUACAAUCCCCAUUUUUAUGGCCAGGUAAAAGUGGAGGGGAAAAAAUUACAAUGAACUUGGCCUGACAUUCUAACGUUUUUGUAUUUUCAGAUUUAUCCUGUGAGCAAAAUAUUUACCCGCGUCUUUUAAAUGGUUCCUACUGUCGAGAACAAUGUGCUAAAGGCAAUUGACUUAAACUGUGAGUAUCGCUGUCAUGUCGUUAUGUAUAAAAUGAAAAUGAUGAAAUAAAGCUUUAGAAAAACCAGCACAAAGAGAGGAGAACGAGAAAUCUUCCACCGGGGAAAUUCUAAGAAAGUCUAUGCAGUGAAGGGUGAGGCUUCCAUGUCUGUGUUUGCAUAAUAAAAGUCCCUGACAUGGGAUUUUAAAAGGAAAAAAAAGUUAUGAUUCCUGAAACACGUGCCAUGACUGAAAUCGGUUUGUUUUUUUGUUUUGUUUUUUUUUUCCUGUUUCUCUUCCUCUUCUCCAAAUAACAGUGGGCCAGUUGUAGCAGAUUAAUACAUACAUACAUACAUAUACAUAUACAUAUAUAGAGAGAGAGAGAGAGAGAGAGAGAGAGAGAGAGAGAGAGAGAGAUUUUACCUUUCACAACACUCCUCAGACAAACGCGCUGUGAAACGGCAAAUUCUCAGCUGCAACGUUUUUAGAGAAACUGUCACAAUAUUCUUGGGGUUUUUUUGCUCACGUAUCCUUAUAUGCACACACUGCUUUGGUAGACUGUUUGAACAACAAUUGAUCGGAGAGUUAUCAACGUCAAUAACUUUAAACAAGCAGGAAGGUCUUUUUCAGCGUCUUCCUGGGGUCAUCUUAGAAUUUUAACUUGAGGAACUGCACUUUUUGAAGGACAAUCCUUAUUUGUAAUGGUAAUAAUAAUUGACGAUAUUUAGUCUAAUAAUACAAGGUAGAUUACUCAUGUGUAGUGAUGAAUGUUUCCUCUAAUGCUGUUUUAUUUUUUUUCCUCUUUGUUGCUUGGUUUUCGAUUAUAGUGCCCUUAAGUGCGAUAUUAUGGAAUAAGACGUAGAUUAGAUUUUAGGUCUUUUGUUGGCUGUACUUGUAGACUGAUAACUGUUUGUAAAAGUUCUGAUCUUAAUAUCGGAAUACAAAGCUGUAUAACUCGGGUACAACCCACAAUAAAAUAACAGUGACAAUGUG